AUGUCCAAUAAGGAAGUGAAAGCCGCACUUAAAUGUGCCAGAGAGGCCAUUAAAAACAAAGAAUUCAAAGAGGCCCUGAAGCAUUGCAAGACGGUUUUGAAACUUGAGAAGACCAAUUACAAUGCAUGGGUUUUCAUCGGCCUGGCUGCCAGUGAAUUGGAGCAACCAGAUCAAUCCCAGACGGCUUACAAGAAAGCAGUGGAGCUGGAGCCGGAGCAGCUGCUGGCCUGGCAGGGUUUAGCAAAUCUUUAUGAAAAGACAGAUCAGUGGGAUUUCAAAGUUGAGCUGCCAAAUGUCUACCAGAAGCUUGUCGACCUGUAUGGAAGUUCGGAUAAGAUCAAAUGUUAUGAAGUGAUCCAAAAGCUGUCCGAUAUUUAUCAGUCUGAAAAGGAAUAUUUAAAGUUGGCAAAGGUGUGGCUGCAGCUGGUUCAGCUAAAGGAGGAAGAGGCUGUGGAUAAGAAAGAGUUGGUGCAGCUUUUGCAACAGAUGACCCAGCUUCUCUCAAACUGCUUUGAUGAGGGAGAACAAGACAAUGAAACUCAGCAGCAUUUGAUUAUGGCUUUAGAGAAGACCUUGGCUCUCAUGGAACCUGUUCCAGGAGAAGGACACCAGAAGGUCUCAGCUGACUACAUUAGAUGUCUUUCUAAACUGCCACACGAGGAGGCCAAAAUGAAAGAGGCAUGUAAGUCCAUGCUGUCCCUCUACCCCAACCGGAGUUAUCCACUUGAGAUCCUUUGUGGCCAUUACAUCAAAACAGGUAACAUGGAUGAGGAUGCAGUCCGCUGCUUCUCCCAGCUCCUGGAUCUGGUUCCUAAGAGUGGAUUAGGGCACUUGGGUCUGGGUACCAAGGCAUUGCAAGAAGGGAGGUAUAAGGAAGCUGUUAACGAACUAGAACAAGGACUAAAGACAACUAGCUCAUCGGCAGGAUGGUACAGUCUGGCUGAGGCUCAAGUGAAAGUGCACAGAUACACAGAUAGCGCUGCAUCAUGUUCCCAAGGUUUGAACACAUGUACUGCUGAAGAUGGGAAGCUGAGGAUCAAACUGCUCCGGCUGAGGCUAGAGUCCUUAGUGAGAAGUGGAGACAAGAAGUCCGCUGAUGAGGCUUUGGAGAUAUUUUCACAGAUUCCCGAAGCUGAAAAAGACCCGGUGCUGUUAGCUCUCAAAGGACGUGCAUACCUCAACAAGGGAAAGAUUGAUCAAGCACUCAAGUUGUCAUCAGAGCUGGUGGCCUCCAAUCCAAACCUGGCUCAUGGAUUGGCAUUAAGAGGACUGGUACAUUUAGCUGAAGGCCAGCAGCAGCUGGCAGAGCAAAGUUUUCUAAAGGCUGCAGACCAGAGCCCAGGCAGCGCAGAUUAUUUUUUUAUGCUCGGCAAACUUUACUGGGACAUGGGGGAAGAGACCCGUAACGACCGGAGCAAAGCUCACACACACUUCUUAAAGGCUGCGAAGUUAGAUCCACAGCUCGGCUCUGCGUUCCGCUACCUUGGGCAUUACUACCGGGAGGUGGCAAAUGAUCGUGGCCGUGCACAGGGCUGUUAUAAGAAAGCCUUUCAGCUGAAUGAUGAGGAUGAGGAGUCCGGAGCCACUUCGGUGGACCUCAGUAUGGAGCAGGGGGAUAUGGACACCGCCUUAACCACUCUUCAGUCAGUGAUAGAGAAAGCCACUCCAGGCUCUGCCAAAUGGGCCUGGAUAAGGCGAGGUCUGUACUACCUGAAGGCUGGAGAUCAUCAACAGGCGACAGCAGAUUUGCAGGCUGCUCUGAGAGCAGACCCUGAGGACUGGGUGUGUUGGGAGUGUUUAGGUGAAGCGUACCUAAACCGGCGGAGCUUCACAGCAGCUCUGAAGGCUUUUGGCAAGGCCCACCAGCUUCAGCCCAGCUCCAUCUACAGCGUCUACCAGGCAGCUGCCAUCAAACAGACUCUGGGCAGGUUUAAAGAGGCAGUUGCAGAGUAUCUCCAAAUCACAGCACAGCAGGACUACGUUCCUGCCCUUAAAGGCCUUGGGGAGUGCCAGCUGUCUCUGGCAAAAGGCUUAAUGAAUGACUGCCGGGAUGGAGGAGCCAUUGACCUCAUACAGCAAGCCAUUCAAAACCUCUUCAGGGCUGUGAAACUGCGACCAGACCUGUCAUGUCUGUGGAAGCUGCUUGGAGAUGCUUGUACUGCAGUUAGCUCCGUUUCACCAAACAGAGCCCAGGUUCUGGUGCCGGCACUACUGGCCGGUUUGGACGCAAGCUCACAGAGUCAAAAACUCAGCCAGGCUCAAACGCUCAAAGUUGGCGAAAGGUGCUAUGCUCAUGCUCUGAAGAUGUUGCCUGAGGUUCCCAGCCUUUGGAAUGAUCUGGGACUCAACUAUUACCACCAGGCCAACCUUCAAACUUGCCACACAGAGGGAGACGAGAGCCAUUCGUCUCAGGAACUUGAGAAGGCCCAGCAGUGUUUGAAAAAGGCUAUCAUGAUAGACAGCUGUAACCAUAUCUACUGGAAUGCCCUGGGGGUGAUUUCUAUGAACAAAGGUCUGGAGAACUAUGCUCUGGCUCAGCAUUGCUUCAUAAAGUCCAUACAAGUUGAGCCAAAUAAUGUUGUCGCAUGGACAAACCUUGGUACCCUGUAUUUGAAGAAGGACAACAUAGGGCUUGCACAUGAGGCCUUCAAGAUUGCUCAGUCUUUGGAACCAUUGUAUGUCAACUGCUGGAUUGGACAGGCGCUGAUAGCUGAAAGCGUGGGAAGCUACGACACCAUGGAUCUUUUCAGGCACACCACUGAACUCAGCACACACAUGGAGGGAGUGAAAGGCUACGCCUUCUGGGUCUGUUCCACCCUGCUGGAUAAGAGCAACAGAGACUCUGAACUGUACCGCUACAACAUUGUGCAGAUGAAUGCCGUCUCUGCUGCUCAUGUGGCGCUCAGCAAGUACACGGAGAGGAUCCAGUCUGACCCCGUGGCCUUCAUUAUGCUGGGUUACCUUAAUGAGCAUCUGCAGCUUAAGAGACAGGCCUUACAGGCAUACCAGAGGGCGGUGGAACUGCUGCGGCCCAUGACUUCUCCAGAGGAGCUGGCUUUUGCUCUUGCCAACUACGGCCGGGCUUUGUGUAACUCGGGCCAAUGGGAGGAGGCGGUACAUGUUUUUAACUCUACUCCUCUGCAGGAGCUCUGCGACCUGGCUGGGCUGGCUCUGGCUUACUGCAGGGCUGGACUCUUCCAAGAAAGCACCGCUGCGUAUGAACGGGCCUUGGCCGUGGCGUCCAGUGAGAAGGAUAAGGCGUACAUAUUGACCGCUCUGGCUCUGCUGCAGCACCGGCAGGGAAACCUGGACUCAGCCAAAACUCUGCUUUUUAAAUGUUCUGUGUUAAAGGAGCCCAUCUCGGAGUCCCUGCUGUGCUUAUGUGCUCUUGGGUUGGUCCGGGGGGAUGCCACACUAGCUGCUGCUGCCCUGACUGAGCUGCUAAAGCAAGGUUCAGCCUCUGGGAGUGUUGUGGAGCAGCGGUGCUUACUUACAUGCACCUUAUUGGCUCUUCAGGGCAAUUAUAGUGCUGUCCAAAGAGAGGCCUCCAGAGCUGUACACAGAAAUCCUGGAAACCCAUCUCUCUGGGCUCUUUUAUCCAGAGUGAUACCACAAUACUACCCUAGAAAGGCAAAUGGUGGUGCCGUAGCUGGCCAUGUGGCCUGUCUCUCCAGUAUGACCCAAGGAAAGAAAGCAUUGCUGUACAGUGGAGUGAACCAGCUGGCUAAUGGGAGACAUUCUGGAGAGGACAGUCGCAGAAAUGCCCUGAAAACUAUGCAGAGAGCCGUGCUGCUCUGUCCCGAUGACCCGGCCACUUGGGCGGGCUUAAUGGCCGCUUGCCACACUGAAAACACUUGCUGCUACCUUUCCGGCUCUGCUCCCCGCAGGCGGUCACUACAGCACACCCUCAUGUCAGUGGUUUCUGAGAAAGUGCGUAGCGUGGCGGAGAUAGAGCGCCCUCUGGACCAGUCUCUGGAAGGCUGGGUCCUGCAGCAGGCCGUGACUGGGCUGACCCUGGAGGGACAGCUGGAGCAGGCAGAGGCCCUCUGCACCCAGGUUCUCAGUGUGUCCCCUGAACUCCCAGCAGUGAUGCUGUUACUGACACAGGUGCAGUACCAUCGUAUACUCAUGGAAAACAGUGGCGUGGUCCUCUCAGAGCCUGUACUGGAGCAGCUCAACAAAGCUGUGAUAAUGAACCCAUCAAACAUCGGGGCAUGGCACUGGCUGGCUGAGGUGUAUCGUAGCCAGGGCCUGCUGGUCCAGGCGGUAAUGGCUUACCGACAGAGUCUGCAGCUAGCCUCACAGCUGGGCCUGCACAGCUGCCAGGCAGCCAGCCUGCUUCGACUCGCUGCGCUGGCUCUUGGACCCUGUAUGGCAGGUGUCCCCAGAAACGACUGGAUGGACCUGGUGAUGGAAGCCACUACGGAGGUUUUGAAGCUGGGCUCGUCCCCAGUGGCCCUUCUUUUCCAGGCAUUGCUGCAGUACGUGACGAAGAUGCCUGCAAGGGAAACCAGGCGUCUGCUGGAGCGGCUGGUGUUUGUUCCGUCUCAGGACUUCCCAGUGACCGUGGUGCAGGUAGCCAGCUGGUACCUCCUCAGACAUUUGCAUGCCAAAAACGACCAGGAACUCAUCAAUGUCCUUUUGCAACAUGCUAAAACGAUUAAAGAUCAAAGACUACUGGAACUGCAUUCACUUCUUUCCUCCUCUUCCACUUGA